AUGGCCACUGAAGAAGAAAUAUUGGCCUCUUACCCUCAGGUUUCUGCUCCUACAGACCAGAGUGGAUACACUUCCAAUUUAACCGAAGAACAAGAACAGGUGCUUAAACAAUUAGAAGCCGCUUUAAAAGAGUUGGGAUACACAAAGAGAUUGGACAAGGCAUCGUUGUUGCGGUUUUUGAGAGCCAGAAAGUUUGACUUGGAAAAAACCAAGCAAAUGUUCGUCAGCUGUGAAGCCUGGAGAAAAGAGUUUGGCACCGACACCAUUUUGACCGACUUUAAGUACACCGAAAAGCCUUUGGUAGCCAAGAUGUACCCCCAAUACUAUCACAAAACUGACAAGGAUGGAAGACCCGUGUACUACGAAGAGUUGGGAAAGGUGUACUUGCCAGAUAUGUUGAAGAUUACCUCUCAGGACAGAAUGCUCAAGAACUUGGUUUGGGAAUACGAGUCCUUCACCAACAAUAGAUUGCCUGCUUGCUCUAGAAAGUUUGGUUGUUUGGUGGAGACUUCUUGUACCAUCUUAGACUUGAAGGGUAUAUCUAUUUCGUCUGCUUAUCAGGUGGUGGGCUAUGUCAAAGAAGCGUCUAAAAUCGGCCAAGACUACUACCCUGAAAGAAUGGGUAAGUUUUAUUGUAUCAACGCCCCAUUUGGUUUUUCCACUGCUUUCAAGUUAUUCAAGGCAUUUUUGGAUCCUGUCACGGUGUCCAAGAUUUUCAUCUUGGGAAGCUCCUAUCAAAAGGACUUGUUAAAGCAGAUUCCUCCUGAAAAUUUGCCCAAAAAAUAUGGAGGCCAGUCGGAUGUGUCUGAGCAAGAAUUGUACUUGAGUGACAUAGGUCCCUGGAGAGAAGCCGAAUACAUCGGUCCUGAAGGGGAAGCUCCCAAAUCAAUUGAUAUGAGUUAG